CAAAUCCAGGACUGAGCCACGAACAUCCUCCCCUGCCGAUGCCACGGAACUUUCUUUCUGAGGAAAUAAUUAAUAAACGAGCCAUUUGUGCUGCUUAAGGAGAGGGGAAAAAAACAACGUCAUAUUUAGUACUUAAGAAAACUUUUAUCUGGAUUUUGACAAUGCCAAGAGUAACCAUAUAUCUGCAUGUGUUUUGGAUGCACCACUGAUUGGCACUGCAGAAAGACAGAUAUCUCAUUUAAACAAGCACAGAUACUAAACUAACCAUGAAGACAAGCAUUGUCAAUACGUGGCACUCUUUUGUAAAUACUCCCAAUGUGGUUGUACCAGCUAUUGAAAAGGAAAUCCGACGGAUGGAAAAUGGAGCGUGCAGCUCCUUUUCUGAUGAAGACAAUGCCUCUCCGUCUGAAGAGUCAGAGAACGAGGACUCUUUCUUUAGAAACAAGUCACACAGAAUGCCAGGACCAUCGCAGAGGGAGCAGUACUUGCCAGGUACUAUGGCUCUUUUCAAUGUUAACAACAGCAGCAACAAAGAGCAAGACCCAAAAGAAAAAAAGAAAAAGAAAAAGGAAAAGAAGAGCAAGGUGAAUGACAAAAAUGAAAAUAAAAAGGACCUAGAGAAGAAAAAGAAGAAGGAAAAGGAAAAAGAGAAGAAAAAGAAAGAGGAGAAAACCAAAGAUAAGAAAGAAGAGGAGAAGAAAGAAGUUGUGGUCAUUGAUCCUUCAGGAAACACAUACUACAACUGGCUGUUUUGUAUCACUUUGCCUGUGAUGUACAACUGGACGAUGAUUAUUGCAAGAGCAUGUUUUGAUGAACUCCAAUCUGAUUAUCUAGGAUACUGGCUCAUUUUUGAUUAUGUAUCAGACAUAGUCUAUAUUGCUGAUAUGUUUGUACGAACAAGGACAGGUUACCUGGAACAAGGAUUGCUAGUGAAAGACAAACUGAAACUCAUAGAGAAGUAUAAAGCAAACUUGCAGUUUAAACUUGAUGUUCUGUCUGUGAUACCGACUGAUCUGCUGUAUUUCAAGUUUGGAUGGAACUAUCCAGAAAUUAGAUUAAACCGGCUAUUAAGAAUCUCUCGAAUGUUUGAGUUCUUCCAGAGGACAGAAACAAGGACCAACUACCCAAACAUCUUUAGGAUUUCAAACCUUGUAAUGUACAUUGUUAUCAUUAUCCACUGGAAUGCUUGCGUAUACUACUCCAUCUCAAAAGCUAUUGGAUUUGGGAAUGACACAUGGGUCUACCCUGAUGUCAAUGACCCUGAAUUUGGCCGUUUGGCUAGAAAAUAUGUCUACAGCCUUUAUUGGUCCACACUGACACUGACAACCAUCGGUGAAACUCCACCUCCUGUGCUGGAUUCUGAAUAUGUCUUUGUGGUGGUAGACUUCUUAAUUGGAGUUUUAAUUUUUGCCACCAUCGUUGGUAACAUAGGUUCUAUGAUUUCCAAUAUGAAUGCAGCCAGGGCAGAAUUUCAAUCAAGAGUUGAUGCUAUCAAACAAUACAUGAAUUUUCGAAAUGUGAGCAAAGAUAUGGAGAAGAGAGUUAUUAAAUGGUUUGACUAUCUGUGGACCAACAAAAAAACAGUUGAUGAAAAAGAAGUCUUGCGAUAUUUACCUGACAAGCUAAGGGCAGAAAUUGCGAUCAACGUUCACUUAGACACAUUAAAAAAGGUUCGCAUCUUUGCUGACUGUGAGGCUGGUCUGUUGGUGGAAUUGGUGUUGAAGCUACAGCCCCAGGUGUACAGUCCUGGAGAUUACAUAUGCAAGAAAGGGGACAUUGGACGAGAGAUGUACAUCAUCAAAGAAGGCAAACUUGCUGUGGUGGCAGAUGAUGGAAUCACACAGUUUGUUGUUCUGAGUGAUGGCAGCUACUUUGGUGAGAUCAGCAUUCUUAACAUCAAAGGCAGCAAGGCUGGCAACCGACGAACGGCCAAUAUUAAAAGCAUUGGCUACUCAGAUUUGUUCUGCCUGUCAAAAGAUGACCUCAUGGAAGCUCUUACAGAGUACCCGGAUGCCAAAACUAUGUUGGAGGAGAAAGGGAGGCAGAUCUUAAUGAAAGAUGGUCUACUAGAUUUAAACAUUGCAAACAUGGGCAGUGACCCUAAAGACUUGGAAGAGAAGGUCAUUCAAAUGGAGGGGUCAGUUGACCUCCUGCAAACAAGAUUUGCCAGAGUCUUGGCUGAAUAUGAGUCGAUGCAGCAGAAACUCAAGCAAAGAUUAACCAAGGUCGAGAAGUUUCUGAAACCACUUAUUGAAACAGAAUUUUCAGCUCUUGAGGAACCUGGGGGAGAAGGUGAGCCCACAGAGUCUCUACAGGACUGAAAAGCUCGUCAACGGUUAAAAAAUGCACAUCUCAUAAUCCUUUGAGCACUUGACCAGACACAACAGAAAACUGGAAGAAAAAAAAUCCAUCUGGGAACUUAUUCUGUAGGGAAAAUGUGUAUGGGUGGAUGACACAAAUCCGUUGUGCAGUACUGCAACUAAAGAAUCAUCUUAUCUGGGAGUUUUCACAAUGGGUAGUGUGAAAGGACACGAACUGAUUAAUGUAUCUGUGUCAGGAUCCUUUUUCCCCCACAGAUGCUCUUUUUAUGUAAUAAUCAUUGUAAAGUAAAUGAGUGUUUCUCAUUUUCAGGCCACUUGCAUUGUUGAGGAGUCAAAAGUAUUCAGUGUAACUGUGUACAUUGUGUUUGAGAUACAGUUUUAAGAAGAACUAGAAUAAAGUGAAGUUGAUUACAAAA